UCAACUCACAGAGAGUUUGAACCUCCAAAAAUCCCCAUUUUCAUGUCUUUCUCAACCAUGUCCUCCGCCGCCGCCCCCAUCCUCUCCCAUUCCUCCUCCGCCGCCGUCGCCACCGCAAUCGCCAAACAAUUCUCCCCACUUUCUCCCUUCAUCAAAUUUACUACAUCUUCUUCCCCAAAACAAUUCACCAGACCAAUCACAAAACUCAAAGUCACAUCCAAAUCCACCGCCGCCACCUCCAAACCCACCACCGCCGGAGAAACCAUCUAUUUCGACGGCGGCGCCCACUACGGCGACCUACUAGCCAAUCUCCUCCUAGGCUUCACACUCUUAUGGCUACCCUUAACCCUAGCCGCCGUUCUACGUUCAUUCUAUCUUAGAUACAGGUUUACCAACCUCCGAGUAACCGUCAUAUCAGGUCUCACCGGACAAGAAAGAAGCGAUUUUUCAUACAAAGUCAUCAAAGAUGUCCAGGUCGUACCUAGGUUCAUCGGCGAGUGGGGUGACGUUAUCAUCACCCUUAAAGAUGGAACCAAGGUUGAUUUGAGAAGCGUACCUAAAUUCAGAGAGAUCGCCAAAUACUCACUAUCCAUGGCGGCCGCCAACAACAACGAUCAAUCACCGGUGCCGGUGCUGUUUAAUGAUGAAAUCAAACCAAAGGGUUUCUAAAUUUGAAAAUGUAUUUAUCUAUCUAUAAAUUAUAUGAUUCUGCAUUGUAACAAUAUAUAAUUAUGAGAAAAUGUUUCAUCAAUACAAAAAAAAAAAAAAUAAUCCAAGUUUAAUUCGCCUUUGUUGUCUUCUUCUUCUUUGGUAAUCUCUGAAGUUUCUUCCACUUGAGAUAUAUUUGGUAUGACAAGCCGGAGAACACCAUCGCUACGCU